AUGGGAGUCGGCACGCUCGUGCGAAAGGCAGACCUUCUCCACUCGGAGCCGGCCGGUGGCACCUCGAUUCCUCCGUCUUCUCCAUCAAAGACCUUUAGGGCCGGGGCGGGAAUGGAGAGGAAAUUGGACUCACCGAGGUGUGGAGGUGUAGCUCACCGAGAAGGAAAUGACGUGAUUGGACCAGAGGAUUUCAACACACAAUUUCCCGUCCACGCCGACGCCUCAAACUUCGCCAAUGGCGUGACGAAGGAGGAGGCCUAUGAGCAGGUCCUCAUCCAAGCCGAAGGCCUCCUCGACGGCCAAAGAAACUGGUACCAUCAUACUCGACUAGAAUCUCAGGCUAACUUUCUCAUAGGUUGCGUAAGUCUAAACAUUCGACCCCUAGCAAGGCCGUUCUCCCAUCCUCGUCCUCAUUUCCGGGACGUGAUACAAAGCGUGAGGAAAAACCAAAAGAGACUAACCUCACAUUCCUACAUCGACAGCAACCUCGCAAACACGGCCUCCCUCCUCUGGCACGCAUACCACUCCCUCCCCGCCCCCUCAAACGCAGUAAACUGGGCAGGUUUCUACGUCCUCGACCCUUCCACCUCGACCUCGCCCUCCUCCGCCAAACGAUCCCUCAUCCUGGGCCCCUUCAUGGGCAAAGUCGCCUGCCAACAGAUCCCCUUUGGCCGCGGCGUCUGCGGCGCCGCCGCCGCCACGCGCCAGACCCAGCUCGUGGCCGACGUCGACGCCUUUCCGGGGCACAUUGCGUGUGAUGGGGAUAGCAGGAGCGAGGUCGUCGUGCCGAUCGUCGUCGAGGACAAGUUGGUGGCGAUUAUUGACGUGGACUGUGCGGAGAGAGAUGGGUUCGAUGAGGUUGAUCGGGGUGAAGAGGGAGGUGAAGAUGAGGAUAAGGAUGAGGAUGAAGAAGAAGAUGAGGAUGAAGACGGGGAGAUUGGAUGA